UGCUCUGUGUGGAGACAUCGCUAAACAGGUCGUCCUGCAGACUUUCAAAUCGACGGGCAGCUUUGAGUUGAUUUUUGCUCCGACAGCCAUCGGCCAUGAAAACUCGCCUGGUCCGUGCUGCUACUGGAAAGUAAGAUGACUCGCAAAGCUAUUCUGUACUGCAUUUUUUGUGUGGCCAUAGCGGUUGCAACAGACAUCACUCUAUGCACAACCAGUGGUCGGAUUUCUGGAGCCGUUGAACCGACAUGGGGCAUACCGAUCGCCCGCUUCCUCGGCAUUCCGUACGCCAAACCUCCCUUAGGUUCACUUCGGUAUCGACCGCCUGAACCAGCUACACCGUGGCAAGGAAUUCUAGAAACGAAAGAAUUUCGUGCUGCUUGCGCUCAAGCCAACGGAUCCUAUCCGCCUGACAUUCCCUGGCUUGUUGACAAGAGAAUUGUGAGUGAAGAUUGCUUGUUUCUCAACAUCUGGGUCCCACAGACGCGCACCAAGACGAAAUCAAUUUUGAUAUGGAUCCACGGCGGUGGCUUCCGUACUGGUACGCCAUCGACGGAGCUGUACAACGGAAAGCUGUUGGCAGCUGUGGGAGACAUUAUGGUAGUAAGCGUGGCGUAUCGUCUUGGCAGUUUGGGUUUUCUCCACACUGGGGAGGACAGUUCACCCGGAAAUUACGGCCUGUUAGACCAGGAGCUAGCUAUUCACUGGAUACGGAACAAUGCAGAAGUAUUUGGAGGUGACAGGUCUUCAAUAACCUUAUACGGCGAAAGCGCGGGCUCUGCCGCCGUAGGUCUUCAUCUUCUGGCGACACGAAAUGCAGGAAUUGUACGUCGUGCCAUUAUGGCGAGCUGGAGUCCUUACGGGCUAAUACCACCACAGAACGAAAUUGGACGCCAGUUGGCCACAACGCUGGCGAACGCCGUCGGAUGCGAGCUGGACGGGGACGACUGGAUCAAGGUCGUGUCAUGCCUACGGUCAGUUUCAAUUGAAGCCAUUUUACGAGCAGAAGACGUGCAGUACCCUCACGAUACCUUUACUUUCACGCCCUCGUACGGCGACAGCUACUUACCACUGUCAUUUCUGGAAACACUUCGGGACCCGAAGCUCAUCCCUAUUGAUGCCUUGCUGAUCGGCGUAAAUGCACAGGAAGGAAGCACACUCCUCUACAACAAAGACCCGGAACGUUUCAACAUGAACAAUGAACCUGAAGGAUUGACCUACUCUGAGGCUCUCGCGUUGCUUGCUUGCCCCUACUAUCCUUGCUUGCCAAAAGCUUUGCAAAAUGCCACGACCGGCAAUUUUAAGGCUAACGUCCAGCACGGAGAAGGAAUCCUUCAGUCGCUGAUAAACGCUGUUGGCGACCUAAUUACGUGCCCAACAGAGUUUUUUGCGGAAGCAUACGCAAAACUAAACUGCCCAGUCUACUUCUAUGUGUUCGACCACCGGUCAGUGAAAAGUCGCUUGCCUCCGUGGAUGGGCACAGCGCACUUCACCGAGCUCCAGUACACCUUCGGUAUGCCGUUUCGGUUUCCAGAGCGCUACACAGAUCUCGAUCGGGAGCAGAGUAUGCUAAUGAUGAAUCUUUUCACGCACUUCAUCAACACAGGAAGGCCGAUCUUACCAGAUGGCUCCGAAUGGCCCACUUACACGAAGGAAGACCCUUAUCAUGUAAGACUCCAUGCUGGCAACACCAGCAUCGGUAGCGCGUUCCAUGAAAAUGGGUGUCGACUUAUCCGCGCAGCUGACAUUUUACUCGGCCUCAUAAAACCAUGACAAGCUCAGAAAAGAGAGAGUCUGGAAAUAAGAUUUGCACGCGUAUGUCUUACUGCGUUCAUUCGCCGCAUGAAAUUACCGCAACGUCAUCGGCCGCUCUCAGCCAAUUAUUUUGCGGGUAUUCCGUGUUCUUCAUACCCAUCUAUUUCUCCGAUUGUUCCUUGCUCUUCUAAUAAACAAAUGAGGCGGUCAGAGUUGCUGUGUUGCGUCCAAUAGUCGAAGAUGUGGAGAUAUGGAGCACGCGUGGUAUAGCUGUGGAUGGAUGGAUGAAUAAAGAAUCCCUUUACAUGAC